AUGAAUUUUGUUACUGCAAUUUUCGGUGGAGCUUCUGUGCGAUUUACUGCAGAGGAAUAUGCCGAAAAGUUUCUAGAAGCAGUUGUGGCAGAUCCAGAGAAUUGGCUGUACCAAGAGGCGCAUCAUUUUGUGGGCGAAUGCUUUGCAGCAUUGGGCUUGACAUUCAAUGUGAGCUUGGAAGCGUUUAGCCAAUCCCAAGAUCAGCCGUACCACAUUGAUAAUGUCAACUAUAUCUUCGAUGCUGAUCCUUUUGUGCUUGAGGGCGUAGAGGCGUUUCUAAGAGAGCUGCCUGCAGUGUUGGCGGAGUAUGGACGCACUUUAGCAGCUAAUGAACCAAGCUCUGACUCUCUAAAGGAGCUGUAUGAUAAGACGCAACCAUUGCCCUGCUAUUUUCGGGUUGUUAGCAUUUGGAUAGAAGUGGUGCACGCCAUUACGAGUAAAUUGCCCGAUGCUGUUGUAAAGUAUAUCUGCGAGCCGGUUGCACGUCUCUCAUUCAGCAUACUGCGCGGUUUAGUGCAACUACUCCCUGAUUAUGUCGAGCAGUUCCCUCAGCUUAAGGGAAUUUGCCUAUCGCUGACUGUCGCCGCGCGCUAUGGCAUUUUCUAUGAAGCCACAUGCAAGUUUAUGCUGCCAUGCAUCCUGGAAAUUUUCAAAGAGCACAAUAAGCUGUUCUGUGGCGUAGAUUGCGCCUUGUCCUUCAUCUACCAUGUCUGCAAUGUUGAGAUGCCGCACAAAAUGUGGUAUAUCGAGGUAUAUAAGUUCUUGGAAACUAUGAUGGAAAAGUUUGCCAGGGAACAGCAACGCGACUCCAACGGUCAUCUUUAUCUGCGUCUGUUCACCAACGAUCUGAUAACUACCAAAUAUCUGGCCAUACCAUUUGAUGCACUCAAAAUACGCAACCACAAUGCUCUGUUGUUGGCAACACUGCAUUAUUUGCACACGCUCCAGCGUCAUAUUGUCAGCGCCGAGGUGUUUCCAGGACGUUUUCUGAUGCAAAUAUUACAAGUGCUGAUAUUUUCACCGCGUGCCUCCGAUCCCGUUUGCAAACUGGCCGCAAAACUCUAUAUUACGCUGGCCCAACGUCAAUAUCAGGAGACGGAAAUAUUUGUGCAUAUUCUAGAGACCUUUUACAAGUCGGUGCACGGCACAAACAAAUGCUCUACCUAUGAACUGCUCAUGUCCAACUUAAGUCGCUAUCUAACUAAAUUGUUGCCGCAAUUUGGCCCAUUGGGUAAAUUUAAAUUCUAUACUCAAGUCCUACAAUCGCAAAACAUUCGGGAUGAGAUGGGCAUUGUGAUUAUUCAAGCAAUAUGUGCGCUUUUCCAACACUACACAAUGGAGUAUGCCUCCUCAGAGGCUGCUAAGCGUGAGAUUCGCCAGCUACUACGGGACUGGCCAAAGCUCGUUGAUCUGACCGCCAAUCAACCUAGAAAUAGAACAGUGCUUCUUAGCCUAUACAGCGCCGUGGAUUUUAAUGCAGUAUCUGAAAACGACUUGCAGCUUCUCAUCGACCUGGAGAACUUUUGUGUACACAUCUUCCUUGAUGACAAGACACUCAGCGGCGUAGAGUAUUUGGCACUCUUUUCAAACAUUUGCCGCUCUGUGGAUGUCACAGGCAAUGAGCAGAUACUGCUUGAUACUGCGCAGAGUUUACAAUAUGAAUACAUUGAAAUAUCCAUGGAGAUAAUCAAUUUCGAGCAGCCAAGCCCACAGCAUAAACUUGAGGCGUAUGCACACUUUCAAUAUGGGUACGAAUGCUUGGCGUUUAUGCUAGCGCUUUUGUUUCGUGAACGACAGCAACUGCCCAAUGUUAAUGAGCACAACGCAAAGCUGAAGGACUUGUCUCAGGAAUUGUAUCCCAUCUGCGUGCUCAAGCUGUCCAAUACGGUGGAUGACAUGCCACAGACCAGUAGCCUGUUUUGUGCCAUAACCAUUUUGCUAAUGGGUCUGCCACAUUGCAUUGAGCUGGAUGAGCCAACCUAUGAUGCACUGCAAAAUCAGCUAAUCAUAAUGUCUGUUGGUACGCAUAUAGGCAAUUUACAACGCAACUGCAUGCUAGAGAUGUUUGUGCAUUUUAGCCAGUUGCAUGCCUCCCUUAUUCCUCUGCCUCACAAACGACUAUGGAGAAUGCUUCUGCUGUUUAAGAUGCCACCCAUGCAACGUGAACUGAGCCGUUUUAUUGGCGUGCUUAUCGAGCAUCGUGUUGAGCUUUAUGUCCACUGUCUUGCCGUUAUCCACCUAAAGGUCUUCAAUGACAGCACGCCCACAAAUCGUGUGGCUGUUGUUUUGCGAGGGUAUCUGCAGCCGAUUGAUCAGCAUGCCAGCCUCAAGGAUGCAUGGCUGCUGCGCGUUCUCAUUUUUAAGAAAUCUCUCUCAGUCAUGGUCAGAAAUCUAAAAGCGCGACGCAUGGAUUCAGCCGCACAGCGUCAACGUAAUUUACGACCCCUGGUACACUUCAUGCCAUUAGUAGAAAGGCUGUGCCUAGAAGAGUGUCACUUUAAGAAUAUCGCUGACUUGCUCCGUAAGCUUAAAUCAGAUUGCUUUGCGGCUGUAGAUGCAAAAGAGCUGGACAAGUUCAUAACGCAUAUAAGUAGACAUAAAUACCGCUGCGAAGAUGAACAGGCUGAGACGGCAACUGAUAAGACUGUGCUGCAACCUCAGCCUGCAGGACCUCUCAAUUUGUGGCAGACUCUAGCUUUUACUGAUAACAACGAGAACGCUCAAGUAUAGAAGUAUC